AUGGAUGCGCUAUGCGACCAUGCUCUCUUCAACUUCUCCGUGCAGGAUGCGGAUCUAAUGGACUAUAUCGAAGCCAUCCAAGGACUUCUUGUGGCGUCACCGGACACGGACGAAGACCAGGCUCUGGUCUUGAAUGCGAUCAACGUCGUGGAAGAGUACAUCCUUGCGACUCCGCACACCAAGGCCACGUACUCGUACCUUUUGCCCAGCGUGAGUCUACUGAAACAGGAGCUGUCGUACUACGUCUCAGUCCCGUCGACGUUGGACGUUCCCGUGAUCACGGACGACGAGCAAGGAAGCAUGAGUAGUCCGAGCAGCAUCGAUCGCGACAUCGAUACGUCCAUGGUCAUUGAGGAAGUCCCCGACAAGACACCGGUCAUUCGGUGCAACGUAUGCUGGGGCGAGGAAUCGUUCGUGAACGACUGCAUCGUCAUCUGCGACGAAUGCGACGUUGCUGUCCACGAGUCAUGCUAUUCCAUCCCACACGUGCCCGAGUCGUCGUGGUUCUGCAACUUUUGCGACGUCCAGCGGGUCGCGCCGGCCGAGACAUGGGAACCCGUCGGCAAAUGCCGCGCUUGCCACCUCAAAGGCGGGGCGCUCAUGCCGUCGCAUGUUCCCAACACAUGGGUCCACAUGUCGUGCGCGAUCUACCUCCCGGAACUGUACUUUCUCCACCACAACGUCGUCGGACUCGACGCGCUCAAACCCCGGCGGAAGCUCAAGUGCAUGUUUUGCAAACAACCCAACAAGGGCGCGUGUGCCCAGUGCGCGCACCCCAAGUGCACCGCCAGCUACCACGUCCAAUGUGCGCUGGAGCAUGGCGUUACGUUUCACGAUACCAGUGGCACUGGGACGUCGUACACGAGCCUGUGUCCAACCCACCACCUCCGUCGUCCACUACCCCUCAACCAGGUUUGUCCAACCCAGCCAGAAACAACCAAGACUACUACCACGGAUACCAAAGUGCAGCGGAAUAUUCAACAGUGGCUGUCUGAACCAGUGACUGAAGAUCCGCAACCAAACCGAGUGGCAACCACCCCGAAACCCCGAACCCCCGAACCCCCGACCCCCCGAAACCCCGAAACCCCGAAACCCCGAAACCCCGAAACCCCGAAACCCCGAAACCCCGAACCCCCGAAACCCCGAACCCCCCUUCCCAUGAGCCAUCCCCCGUCGUCGUCAUUUUCCACGUUUCGACCGUCGAAACACCUCGCCCAAGUAUUUGUCCCUGCGAACCCAACCGCGUCCGACGACAAUCUGGUGCUGGUUGUUCUGCCCCAGCUCCCCCUCGGCAUGGACUUUGCCUACUCGGACGAGUCUGGGAAGAAUCCUCCUUGGACGAUCCAGGACGUAUCGAACCCGCUCCUGCGCGGCGCCGUGGACUCUGGCCUCAUUCAAAAGGGAGACCAAGUCGUGGCAAUCAACAACGUUUCGCUGGAAGAAGGCGGCGGCGUCACGCCUGCCCAGCUUAGCUCGACCAUCCUACCCCAAAACCCCGACCAACACUCUGUUCAAGUGUGGCUUCGACGAGCGAGGACUUGUAACACGGACGACGUUGAUUGGCCGUGGGGGUUUCUUCGAAGCGACGGCAAACUCGCCAUGGUGCCCGUGUGGCAAGAGAUGGCCGACGUGUACUUUUCCCCCGUCUCUGCCAAGCCAUCGAUCAAGUACUUUCGGGCGUAUUUCCAAAACACGGCCGACUCGCGUCAUGUUCCCGCGUUAGGGUACGCAGUCCCGCCCGUGGUGCGCCGCCACCGCCGCGUAUCCAUGCAAGCGAAGAACAUGACCAACAUUCUCAUACAUCCCCCGCUGGACGAAGGCGACAUGGUCCAAGUGGCGGCGCGGACGUGGCCGGGUAUCAACAAGCUGGGCGGGACGGGUCGGAUCAAAGCCAAGCACGUGGUCGAUGGGCAGAUGAUGUACGACAUUGCGUACAUUCUGGGGGGGGCGGAAAAGGGCGUGGAGAGGCAGUACAUUACACCCGUGUCGGAAGACAAUCCUGUCAACAUGAAUGCAUCUGUGAACCAACAAGAGGAGGACGAGAUUGAACGAUGGACCGUCUAUGCCGAAUAUACCGCCUACAUUCAACACCACCCGAGCGUCCAGAGGAGGGCACAGGACGACGGGUUCCACUUGACAUUUCAACAAGUGAUUCGUGAUGAAGAAGAAACGCUCCAAGAAAUCACAAACAACAAGAACGAUACUACAGUAAGAGAAGCCAUGUAUGGACAGGUGGUGGUGACGGCAGUCGUGGGUCAAGACGAGACGAUGAUGGAAGAAGAUGAGAUUCUGCGGGAACUGGAGAUCUGCCAAGGCCGUCUGGACCAAUUGGAGGCCGGCAUUCAGGCGCAACUGACACCCGUGAUGGAGAAACUCUCGAAAGAGCGAAAGGAUCUGUACGAUACCAAACUGGAGAGGCUUGUAGCCAGUCAAGUGGAAGUCACGUACAACCAACUGAUCAAUCUCCAGCACCAACACGACAAUAUGAACGACUCGUCAGACGAUGAAGAACAAGACGACGAACCCCGAAACCCCGAAACCCCGAAACCCCUUGGCGACCAACAUGCUCCAGUACAAGAACAAGAAGAAGAAGAAGAGGAGCGGUUGAACCCGCUGUUUGCGUCGAUUUCCGAAUCCACGGGCCAUGUGUGCGUUCUGUGCGGUGUCUCAGGCGGGGACUUGGCUGCGACGUCUUGCGGCCACAAAGCGCACAUCAUGUGCUUGUUGUACACGCCGGAAACGUACUUUGAACAUGCGAUGGGGUUUGGCGUGGCGAAUAUCCCACCUCGUCGCAGAACACUCGUGUGCGCCUUGUGCAAAACGUCCACGGGCGUCAACAAGAUCCAAUGCCACGCCAAAAAGUGCACCAAACCCAUGCACGUGCAGUGUGCGUUUGUGGCGGGGCUACUGACCACCCAUCCGACCUUUUGUGGAUGGUGCCCCAAACACUUGAAACUUGCGGAUGCCGCCACCCAAGCGUCUGUGGAUUUGCCGCCUCAUCUUCAAACAACCAAGCGAAAGUUCAUACAAGAGCACAAACAGCAACGAGUGUCGAAACCACAAGACGACAAGACCCAACCACCAGUAAAAGUACCAGUAGAAGUACCAGAAGUAGUAGAAGAAAAGGCGACCAAGACCCCCGUGAUACCAGCAAAAGAACCUCGGCAUGAAAACCAAGUGUUUCAAGUGGGAGACACGGUGGACGUGUUGCCUCGGCUAUGGGCGGGGAUCAAUAAACCUGGGGGAGUUGGUCGUGUCAAAGCCAGACACGACACACCUGACACUGGGAUGAUCACGUACGAUAUAGAGUACGUGCUUGGGUGUCGAGACAAGAACGUGCCUCGAAUGUACCUGACCAAGUAUACACCCCCGACACCCAACCAGCACAAGACACUGGCCAAACGACGACGGACCACCAACACAUUAUAAACCCAACAAGUAUAUAUGUAUAGUAUAAUAUAUACAUCUGGAAUCCUAACAUCA